AACUUGGGAAAUUUCGAAGAUGAAUCCAAGUCAGACGGUAAAAGUAGCAGGGUGGAUUCUCCUGUUAACUAUGGUAGCGGGGUCCACGAACGGACAAUCUGCGACCAUGACAGGGCCUUCUAUUGUGGAGGAAGGCAGCAACGCCGUCUUCACAUGUGAGAGCGAUGGUACGAUCACUGCUGAUUCGGUCGUAUGGAGGGAAGACAAUGAUUUCAUCUUCUUCGGCUCUUUAAAGGUUUCUCCUUAUGAAAAAUUUGACAACUUCGUACCAUUGGCGGAUGGAGCAGGAGCGCCGACCCUUACUAUCCAGAACGCCACGGUGGAAGACAGCGGUUCUUAUAGGUGUGGUUCUGUGUCAGUCCUCAGUAACAUAAUCAAUUUCGUAGUUGAAGUGCGAUCAAAUGUAUCUCUGGUCUUGGAUACUACCAUGGUUAACAAUACCCUUCUGUACCAGGGGACAUGCGAAGCCAUAGGGGCCAGCCCGGAGGAGCACAUCACUUGGAAAAUAGGAAACAUCACUCAGACUUUGGGCAUAGUGGAAACGGACCCCGACAUUUCGCAUCAUCUCUUAUGGGAUAAAAGGAGCGUGAUCACAUUUCCAGCAAGUAAGGAGAAUUACAACAAGUUGCUGACAUGUUUUGUUAGCGGACAUGAGAUAACGGACUUUAACUGGCAGAAGUCAGCCAUUCUUGAUCUCCAUGGACCACCUACCCCUGAUGGCAUCAUUGCAAAUUUCAUUAUCGAGGGUUCGAAUAUGACCGUGUCAUGUGACCUGGAUGAAUCAAGGGCCAUCCAACUCCAGCCGUCUCCUUCUUCUACAUCUUCCUCGAUGACGUUCUCAUCCACAGUUCGAAUCACGCCGAGAAUAACGUCACAAUCUCCAUCCCUGAUAAGUCUGCGAAAGUUACCUGUAUUGCGGGGAAUUAUCUCGGAAAUGCUACGAACGUCAUACUUUAUGAAGAGGAUGCCGGGAAUAUUUUGGAUCACGUGACAAAUUUCAUGGAUGGGCUGCCAAUUGCUCCAAUAUUUGCCGAUAUGUCCGGUGGAGAAAUACUGAGUAUCAUCAUAUGUAUUUCAAUCAUCUUACUCAUAUCUAUCAUCGUAAACAUCGUCCAGUGGUGCAACAGUAAAUAAUUAUCUCUUUAACCC